AUGUCUUUGGGUAUCUUGGUGAACGGCUCAUACACUGGAGGCAUGGGCAUGCUUGCUCGACGGGAAGUUGACAUGUUGAUGGGACCAAUUGCUCAACACCCUACGCGCUCGGAACUCGUCGAGUACGCCCAGGCCUACUUGUAUAACCCGCACGCAUUUCUUUAUAAAAGAAUUACUCAAGUUCAACCUGAUGUACUCAUAUUUACCAAGCCGUUCGUGAAGGAGUUUUCUAGUGGUUUCGGGUGGGUCAUCCACUGGGUGGAGUCGGGUGAGGUCACCGUAAUUGUAUGGGUGAAUGAGGUGUUUAUUGUUGCUGACGUGGCCUUGUAUGGUGUGGGUGUGUUCAAUGUUUGGCUGUGGGUGCUGGCUUCUAUGGUGGCGGUGGGAGGGACGGCCGGUCUGCUGCAUCUGGUUCACUCUUCCCGCAGAGUAAUCCCUUCCAAAUCCGGACAAUCGAAGUGGGUGAUGAUCUCGCGAGGCUUCACCUGGGCUUGGAAACUUUUACUUGCACAAGAUGUAUCUGACACACCACGGGAAGGUGCCGGUCGAACGCUCUGUGUCUUCUGGCUCUUCGUAUGCUUCAUGAUCACUUCCAUGUACCGAAGCAACAUCACGGCCAUCUUAAUCAAUGACAAGGUCAAGCUGCCGUUCACUUCAGUCGAGGAAUUUGAAGCGCAAAAUAUAUACAAGCUGACUUGGAUUAACGGGCAAAUAUACAAUACUUAUUUCCAGAAUUAUGCACUCACACAACCGGACUAUGUCUUGGGCAAAAUGUGGAAAAAGCGAACCGAAUACCAACCCGACGCCAAAAAUGUCAUCACCACGGUAUUGAAAGACGAAGUCGCAGCCUAA